GAGGUCACCCACUCUGUCCUGCGUGGACAUGCUGUGAACUACUUAGAACCUUUUUCACAUUCACACUGUCAAUGAGUGAACUUUUAACUCCAUCCUUCACUUCACCAUGUGGAAAACCUCCGGAGUACCGACAUACGCAGUCAGCCCAGCGGGCCCACGCGCCGCUGCCGCCGCCGUCUGUCUGCUGCUGACCGGGCUGCUGGUCCUCACCGUCGGACACCCGGAGGACCGGCCGGCCGCUAACGGGAAGGCUUUCUCGGCUUAUUUCAAGAAACUGACCCGUGAGAGGAGGGCGGUAAGCGGCCCCGCGCAGAGCAGAGUGUCCCCCGGGCCCGUGGAGCCUCUGUCCCCGGCCGACCUGUUCAUAGCGGUGAAAAGCACGGGCAGAUACCACCGGCAGAGACUGGAGCUCCUGCUGGACACCUGGAUGUCCAGGAGCAUGCAACAGACGUAUGUGUUCACUGAUGGAGAGGAUGAAAACCUGAGAAAAAGGAUAGGAGUCCAUCUGAUCAACACAAACUGUUCAGCAGCUCAUAACCGCCAAGCUCUGUCCUGUAAAAUGGCUGUGGAGUACAACACUUUCAUCAACUCUGACAAGAAGUGGUUCUGUCACAUGGAUGAUGAUAACUACCUGAACGUUGGCUCCCUUCUCAAACUGUUGUCGCAGUUCAGACACACUCAGGACGUUUACAUCGGCCGACCGAGCCUCGAACAUCCCAUAGAGGCCACAGAGAACAUCGGCACCUCUGAAAUGAAGCAGGUGCGAUUCUGGUUUGCGACAGGAGGAGCAGGAUUCUGUUUGAGCCGUGGCCUCGCUCUCAAGAUGAAACCUUGGGCGAGCGAUGGUGCUUUCAUGGUCACAGCCGAGCACAUCCGUCUCCCUGACGACUGCACGGUCGGUUACAUCGUUGAGGCGCUGCUUGGCGUGAGCCUCAUUCGCUCAGCGUUGUUCCACUCUCACCUGGAGAGCCUGGGACUGGUAUCAGACAUACACAACCAGGUGACUCUCAGUUAUGGCACUGUGGAUAACAGCAGAAACACUGUGAGCCUGAAAGGACCAUUUUCAAUAAAUGAAGAUCCCACAAGGUUCAGGUCUGUCCAUUGUCUGUUGUACCCAGACACUCCGUGGUGCCCCAGUCCUUGGCGACUUUAACUCCUAUCUAGAUACUCCGAUAGGGCACAGACUGAUGGAGGAGAAGUCGUCGAUGUCUGACCGAAGUCGACUUUCUGAAGAGGAGAAGGAAAUUGUUGUAGACAUCCAGGAAUAAAGAGGCCUGCUCUGACUCCACAGGCCUGAAAGAUCCUUCUGUUUUCAACUUCAAUCAUCCAUUUACAGAAGAAUACACUUAAAAAAACUCCAGCGAAUGAGAUGAGGAGCGGGAGUAUAAUGGAAAAUCACAGAUAAAUGACUGAAAUGUGACACGGCAAUACUAAAAACAGAAGAAAACGCAUCCAAGGACCACAGAUGAAUCGAAAUGUGUGACCUUUAGUCCUGGUGUUGUGAUAUUUUUUAGAUACUUACUACAUCGUGUAACACAGGUCGACCAACAAGAUCGAGGGUCCAAUUAAAAAAGUUUAUAGCUUGCGCUCUUUCAUGCAUGUCCGCAAACAUUUUCGCUCCCUCAUCUGUGAAAUCUUUUACUCUGUUACCAAUAGACAAAGAUGUGGCGCAAUGUCACACAAGAAGGCACAAGAAAGGAUCGUUCAUUUCCUUUUUCAUUCACCGUAACAUGGAGUAUAACAGGAUUUUGAUUUAAAUACGGUUUAAUUGAAUUCAGAAUCCGUAUCUGAAGUUUUAUCUUGUCAGUGUGCAGUAUUAUUUCUCUGGAGUGAAGGCCAUUAUCAUGACUGAGCACUUUGCAGUUUUAUUUUUGCUCUUUGUAAUUCAUUAUACAAGACACCAAAGGAACAGCUUUUUUUAUGCCAAGAGUGAAAUGAAAAGGUUGAUACUGCUUUUCAUGUCCAUGCUGUAAAUAAAGCAGCCACUGGCAGCUUGUGAGCUUAGAUUAGCACAAAGUCUGGCAAUGAGGAAACAGAUUUACAAAGUAAUCUCAUCUAAAGUCAUGUAAAGUUGUGUGUGUGUAAAGAGUGUACCAGUGUCAUCACUGUGAGCAUUGCAUUAGCAUUUCAUUAGGCAGGCAGACUUUGUUGGUUUUGGAAAGGGUAAAGCUAGCUGUCAGUGUGCUGAGCUAAGCUAACUUGUACCAGAUUGACUUUGGAUUCUGUGUUGAUUAAUCAGUCAAACAUUAUGAUUGAAUUUAGUGUCAGAAAGUGUACAAAAUGUCCUAUUCUCUUUUGGCCCUUCCACUUUUCAGAGACCAUAUUGACGGGCUCAUGACUUUAACUAUUUGAAGCCAGCUAUGGCUAACUCCUGCAGCUAAUUACUGUAGCAAUUUCAGCAGGAAUCGUAUUUUAUUGCAACAUCACCUACAGUGACAUUAAAUUUGGGUGGCGUUAUGAUAUUUUACUGCCAUUUCACCUCAAUAUUAUAUGCAAUUAUUUGUUAGACUUAAAAUUGAGAUUCCAAAUAUUUCUUUACAUGCCAGAUGCUAACAUGCAGAGUAACCUUCAGGUCGACUGACCAAUAGAGAGGCAGGAUGCACCCCCAGUACCCGCCCACUUCACUUUUUGAGAGCCAAUCACAAUGUGUGACAUCACCUGUAAACGCAGGACCCAAGGCUGUUUUACUUCUGGUUUCAGGAUCAUAUUCAGCAAUGAAAAUAUGACUCUUGUCAUUUAUCCAUGAGCAAACUUUAUUUUUCUUUAUUUCCCAAAUUGUCAUUCUGUUCUUUGAAAAACUCUGACACAAGGUAUUCUUUUAAAUUGAUGGAUAUGAAUUGUUUUUAAUGGGUAGUUACUAUUAUUGAUGCUUUAAGACAUUCUAGCAGUUUAACGGAUAUUCCCUUUGAGGUUUUAUUGAAAAAUGACUCAUGUUGGGUCGUCUAUCAUUCUGUCAUUGUGUGCAGUGAGAGCAGUUGUUAUAAUUGUGCUGCAAUGUAUUGAAAUUUUUAAAUUAAUGUUCAUUUCUGUCCCUUAAAAUGAAUGUAUAUGAUGACAAAUUGCUUGUGAAGCAUACAUGCUCUCUCCAGUAUCUGGACUGUAUGUAGAGAUUAUGUUAAUAAAGUCAUUUUCAAUCUUGAUUGU